GUUGACAUUAGAAAAGCUUUAACAAUCAUUUAAGAAUAUACAAGAACAACAUCUUUCUUCAAUGGAGAUUCCACCAAUUGGAGAGUUGCCUGAAAUGGGUUUAAUGGAGAAUCCUAACAUAUUCAACCAAUGGCGUAUUGAUGAACUCAGCGUCCUCCCAGUUCCAGUCCCAGUAUCAGCUUCUUUUGGAGACAAUUCGCAGCACUACGAAGCUUCAUCUUCUAGGCCUGCCACCAUUGAUAGACCUCAAAAACAGCUUAAAAUCACCAACGGCCGCAAUUCAUGCAGAACCCAUAUUUUAACUGAUAUUCAAUCUUCUUUUUCACCACACACUCUCCCUUUUCCCAGUUCCAAUUAUAACCCUUUUGGUAACCAAAAUUUUUUGGUUAAAGGUUACCAUGACACUAACAAUAGAAUUUCUCAAUCAAAAGAUCAUAUCAUGGCUGAAAGGAAACGAAGAGAAAAGCUCAGUGAGAAGUUCAUAGCUUUAUCUGCUUUAGUUCCUGGCUUAAAGAAGAUGGAUAAGGCAACAGUGCUUGGAGAUGCUAUAAAGUAUAUGAAACAAUUGCAAGAGAAAGUGAAGACACUUGAAGAGCAGGCCAGGCAGAAAUCAAUUGAAUCUGUGGUUUUUGUGAAGAAAUACCAGCUCUUGGGUGACAUUAAUGAUGAACUUUCAAGCUGGGAUGAAAUUUGUGCCCCAUUUGAUGAGCCAUUACCAGAAAUCGAAGCAAGGUUUUGUGACCAAAGUGUUCUCAUAAGUAUUCAUUGUGAGAAAAGGAAAGGGUUUCCUGAGAAAAUCAUUUCUUCAAUCGAGAAAUUUAACCUAACAGUCAUCAACAGCAACGUAAUGACAUUUGGGAGUUGUGCUCAUAUCACCAUUGUUGCUCAGAUGGAUAUGGAAUUCUGCAUGACAGUAAAGGAGCUUGUGAAGAACCUACGUUCAUCUUAUAUAUUUCUAGUGUAACAAACUUCUCUUUAGAAGAUCGGAAUUACAUAUAUUGUUAUGAAUGCUAUUAAGUGGAUAUUCAAUCUUUCACUUUUUAUCUUUCUUUAACUUUUCACAUUUCAACUCCUUGUAACCUUUUUCCUAUUUAUGUAUUAUGAAAUGAGAGUC